AUGUCAUCCAACGCCUCCACCUACUCCAACCCCUUCGCCGUCGACCUUGUCGAGAUGCGCGACAUCAACGUUCAUGCACGCGUCCCCGUGAUCCUCGACGCCUCCAACUCCACGUACUUCGCGUGGAAGACGUACUUCACAUCGCUCUUCCGCGAGAACAACCUCGUGGAUCACGUGGAUGGCAUCGUGGACUCCCGCGUCAUGGUGGACGAUGCCGAGUGGACCGCGAUCGACGCCACGAUCAUCUGGUGGUUCUUCACCACCAUCUCCAAGGACAUGUUCCACAACGUCGUGAGCGCCGGCGACGACGCCCGCGCCCUGUGGGUCAAGCUGAACGGCCUCUUCACCGACAACAAGCUUCAACGCCGCGUUUUUUUGCAGCAGGAAUUUUUUGACUGUCACCAGGAUGAACAGUCCAUUGAUGACUACUGCCGCCGCCUGAAGACGUUGGCGGAUGAGCUCCGUGACAUUAGAGCCAAGGUGGACGACGACCUCCUCCUCAGCACGCUCACCGCCGGCCUCAACGAGGACUUCGGCAACGCCGCCUCUAACCUCACCUUGAUGCCGGAGCCCUCCUUCCCCAAGUUUGUGGCGUACUUGAGGUUGGAGGAGCGCCGGAUGAAGGGGGUCAAGAAGCGUGUGCAGCACCACGCCCUCGCCGCCGGCACCUCCCGCGGCGCCCCUCCACCGACCGCCCCACCCGCGCAGCGCCAGCAGCCGCCGCCACCAGCGCCUCCGGGGUACUUUCCCUCCCGCCCCUCCCGCUGCCCCCCAGCAGCCGGGUGGCGGGCGCCGCGGCAACUGCCGCGGGGGCGGCCGCAAGCAGCAACAGGCGCCGGGGGGGCCCUCGUCAGCAGCAGCAGCAGGUGA